GGAGACAUCUAUCUACGUCUAUCCAAGUUGCUCAGCAGCUCCGUGAAACACAAUGCCCUCGUAGGAGCUGAUAUGCAGACGCGUUGUGUAGGAGACUCGGGAAAAGGGCGUUGAAUAAAGUACUUCUCCACUCCCCAGUCCCUUCACCCCUCGCCAGACAUGACGGGUCAGAGCCUGGAGGAGCUUACAGCAGCAGCCUAUGAAGAUCACACCGUGCGCAUCAAUGUGGGAGGGUUCAAGAAGAGGCUGUUUUCCAACACUCUGUCUCGCUUCCCGGAGACCCGUCUGGCUCGGCUGCUACAGUGCCAAUCAAAAGAGUCGAUACUGGAACUCUGCGACGACUACGACGACACGGAAAAGGAGUUUUAUUUCGAUAGGAACCCGGCUCUCUUCCCUUACGUGUUGAAUUUCUACAACACCGGGAAGCUCCACGUCAUGGCGGAGUUGUGCAUCUUCUCCUUCAGCCAGGAGAUCGAGUACUGGGGCAUCAAUGAAUUCUUCAUCGACUCGUGUUGCAGCGGCGCCUACCACUGCCGAAAGAUGGAUCCCAACCGCGGGGAGGACUGGGACGACUGCCGGAGCGACAAGGGCAGCACCACGUCAUCGUUCGACGAGAUUCUAGAGUUCUAUAACGACGCCACUAAGUUCGAUAAGCAGCCGUUGGGGAGCGUCCGGAGGCGGAUCUGGUUGAUCCUGGAUAACCCGGGUUACUCCGUCGCCAGCCGAGUCAUCAGUAUCCUCUCUAUCCUGGUCGUGUUGGGUUCCAUAACCGCCAUGUGCAUGAACAGCAUGGCUGAGUUCACCCUGGUGGACAGGGAGGGGACGCCUCACGAGGACCCCAGGUUUGAAACGGUGGAACACUUUGGUAUCGGCUGGUUCACCUUGGAGCUGGUGGCCCGGUUCACAGUCGCCCCAGAUCUGAUCCAUUUCUUCAAGCAUCCGUUGAACCUCAUAGACCUCGUGUCGAUAUUACCAUUCUACCUGACGCUCGGCAUCGACCUGGUGGCCGAGAGCAGCCCGGCGCUGGCCAAUCUGGGGCGCGUGGCACAGGUGCUACGGCUGAUGAGGAUCUUCCGUAUCCUGAAGCUGGCGCGUCACUCCACGGGGCUGCGCUCUCUGGGCGCCACGCUCAGAAACAGCUACAAGGAGGUGGGGUUGCUACUGCUCUACCUGGCGGUGGGCGUGUCUUUCUUCUCUGUCAUGGCCUACACCGUGGAGAAGGACAGCGAGGACUUCUCUACCGUCCCGGCAUGCUGGUGGUGGGCCACGGUGAGCAUGACCACGGUGGGGUACGGAGACGUGGUCCCGGUGUCUAUAGCCGGCAAGAUGACGGCCUCGGCCUGUAUCCUGGCAGGCAUCCUGGUGGUUGUGCUUCCCAUCACACUCAUAUUCAACAAGUUCUCCCUCUUCUACAAGAGACAGAAACAGUUAGAGAUCGCUAUGCGCAGCUGUGACUUCGACCAGGAGAUCAAAGAAAACCUUCCCUCUGUCAAUCUGAGGAACUACUAUGCACACAAGGUGAAAUCUCUCAUGGCCAGUCUGUCCAAUAUCAACCGGAGUUUACCCAGUGAACACAGUCUGAACGAGAUGUCAAUACAUUAGGAUCUGUGGAUUAACAGACUGCCCCUCCCCCCGUUGGCCUUAUAAGGACGUGACCGAAGGAGAGGAGAAACGUGGUGCAAGAAGUAGAGCUGUUUCUGUGUAGCCCUUGUUGUUGAAUAGAGCUACAAUGGGAAGCUGAAGUUUAGUUUGACUGACAGGCGAGGGAGGGAGUGGUCGGGCAAAACCAACAUCACAACCUUUCUAUUGGGAGAAAUCUCAUCGAAUCCUCUCUCUCUUUUACAUUCUUCUCAAAUCCUAUUGGAUGAGAAGGCCAGAGGUCCUUCCCCUCUGACCUUUCUAAUCCAAUGGGUUUUUUGAGAAGGCUUUUCGAGGAGAGAGGACACAAGGAAUCAAAGAAAAACAAGAAAUCCAAUGAUUCCUCUUCCACCUUUUCAUUCACCUCAAGUGUUUUAACAGUGUGGUUCAUCAUCAGACAGAAGAGGAGCCGAUAGGCUGACAACAUAAUCUACUGCCGUGGUGUGUGUUGGGGUCUAUUCAUUACGAUGGCCAUUAACAAGUCUUCAAUAAAGGACACAGUGCAGGACAAGUCACAAUUAUUAUUAUUAUUAUAUUAUAACCCUAGGACAUGGGGCUUCAUCACUAGGGGUGAACCCUAGGACAUGGGGUUCAUUACUAGGGGUCAACCCUAGGACAUGGGGUUCAUCACUAGUCACUAGGGGUCAACCCUAGGACAUGGGGCUUCAUCACUAGGGGUGAACCCUAGGACAUGGGGUUCAUUACUAGGGGUCAACCCUAGGACAUGGGGUUCAUCACUAGGGGUCAACCCUAGGACAUGGGGUUCAUCACUAGUCACUAGGGGUCAACCCUAGGACAUGGGGUUCAUCACUAGGGGUCAACCCUAGGACAUGGGGUUCAUUACUAGGGGUCAACCCUAGGACAUGGGGUUCAUCACUAGGGGUCAACCCUAGGUCAUGGGGUUCAUCACUAGUCACUAGGGGUCAACCCUAGGACAUGGGGUUCAUCACUAGGGGUCAACCCUAGGUCAUGGACUUCAUCACUAGUCACUAGGGGUCAACCCUAGGCCAUGGGGUUCAUCACUAGUCACUAGGGGUCAACCCUAGGUCAUGGGGUUCAUCACUAGUCACUAGGGGUCAACCCUAGGCCAUGGGGUUCAUCACUAGGGGUCAACCUUAGGCCAUGGACUUCAUCACUAGGGGUCAACCCUAGGCCAUGGGGUUCAUCAUUAGUCACUAGGGGUCAACCCUAGGACAUGGGGUUCAUCACUAGUCACUAGGGGUCAACCCUAGGACAAGGGGUUCAUCACUAGGGGUGAACCCUAGACCAUGGGGCUUCAUCACUAGUCACUAGGGGUCAACCCUAGGUCAUGGGGUUCAUUACUAGUCACUAGGGGUCAACCCUAGGACAUGGGGUUCAUCACUAGUCACUAGGGGUGAACCCUAGACCAUGGGGCUUCAUCACUAGUCACUAGGGGUCAACCCUAGGUCAUGGGGUUCAUCAUUAGUCACUAGGGGUCAACCCUAGACCAUGGGGUUCAUCACUAGUCACUAGGGGUCAACCCUAGGACAUGGGGUUCAUCACUAGGGGUCAACCCUAGGACAUGGGGUUCAUCACUAGGGGUCAACCCUAGGACAUGGGGUUCAUCACUAGGGGUCAACCUUAGGUCAUGGACUUCAUCACCAAUCACUAGGGGUCAACCCUAGGCCAUGGGGUUCAUCACUAGGGGUCAACCCUAGGCCAUGGGGUUCAUCACUAGUCACUAGGGGUCAACCCUAGGUCAUGGACUUCAUCACUAGUCACUAGGGGUCAACCCUAGGACAUGGGGUUCAUCACUAGGGGUCAACCCUAGGUCAUGGACUUUAUCACUAGGGGUCAACCCUAGGUCAUGGACUUCAUCACUAGUCACUAGGGCUCAACCCUAGGUCAUGGACUUCAUCACUAGUCACUAGGCGUCAACCCUAGGUCAUGGACUUCAUCACUAGUCACUAGGGGUCAACCCUAGGACAUGGGCUUCAUCACCAAGGGUCAACCCUAGGUCAUGGACUUCAUCAUCAAGGGUCAACCCUAGGUCAUGGACUUCAUCACCAAUCACUAGGGAUCAACCCUAGGUCAUGGGCUUCAUCACCAAGGGUCAACCCUAGGUCAUGGACUUCAUCACCAAUCACUAGGGAUCAACCCUAGGUCAUGGACUUCAUCACUAGGGGUCAACCCUAGGACAAGGGGUUCAUCACUAGGGGUCAACCCUAGGACAAGGGGUUCAUCACUAGCCACUAGGGGUCAACCCUAGGUCAUGGACUUCAUCACUAGGGGUCAACCCUAGGACAUGGGGUUCAUCACUAGCCACUAGGGGUCAACCCUAGGACAUGGGGUUCAUCACUA